AGGCUUAAUUAUGUGUGGUGUUAGGAGGAGGUUUAGACGAUGAGAAGAGUAAAGUAGAGGUAAAAUAGUGUAGACACGAGUGCGAGGCAGCAGCAGCGCCGGACACACCUUACGUCACACCGCCACUUAUUUUACCUCCCCAGAGUGUCGGCAGCAACAAUGGCAGUAAACGUGUUCUCAACAAGUGCGACCACAGAGAACCUGAGUCGUCAUGACAUGCUGAACUGGGUCAAUGACUGCCUCCAGUCCUCAUAUACAAAGGUGGAAGAGUUGUGCACUGGGGCUGCCUACUGCCAGUUCAUGGACAUGCUUUUCCCAGGUUCCAUGGUUCUGAAGAAAGUUAAAUUCAACACAAAUUUGGAACAUGAGUACAUCAACAACUUCAAGAUCCUACAAUAUGCCUUCAAAAAACUGCAAGUAGAUAAGAUUGUACCAGUAGAUAAACUAAUUAAAGGAAAAUUCCAGGACAACUUUGAAUUUCUGCAGUGGUUUAAGAAAUUCUUUGAUGCCAACUAUGGGGGUCAAGAAUACGAUGCCCUCGGAGCAAGACAAGGGGAAGCAAUGUUUGGCAGGAGUGGUCCACCGCGCAAACCAAUAGCCCAGAGUCCUGCUAAUGCUUUCAGGCCGAUGGGACGACCCUCAUCUGGAGGUGGUGCCCGACAGACUCCCUCUCGUAUAGCCUCCAGACCAGCUGUCACUAACCGCUCACCCUCUACCAACAAUGCACAAGUGGAAGAACUCUCUAGUCAGCUGAUGGAUCUAAGACUGACAGUGUCAGGGCUAGAGAAGGAACGUGACUUUUACUUUGGCAAGCUGCGAGAAAUUGAGGUGUUGUGUCAGGAUGAGGGCGAGAAUAAUGAGCUUAUUUCUAAGAUUCUCGAUAUAUUAUAUGCGACAGAGGACAGUUGUGCAGAGAAUCCAGGCAUCUUUACUGAGAACAUCCCUGACAAAAUACAGGAUGGCUUCGCUGCUCCUGAGGAUGUAGAAGAUGUACCGCCGCCACCAGAGGAAGAAGAAUACUAACUGUGCUACCUGUUCCCCUCGUGCAACAUUACAAUAUGUGCAACACAGGUGUUGCAGCAUUAUAACACAAGUGUUUCAACAUGUGCAACACAGGUGUUGCUACAUUACAGCAUGUGCAACACAGGUGUUGCAACUCCUGCCUGUCUUGACAAACUUAGUGUCUCAAGACAGUGCUAAGUUCUCUGCUUUCUUGGUUUUGAAAAGCUAUACAUCUCUUUGGAUCACUGUUAUUCCCACGAACUUAAGAGAUUGUGUGACGGCUAGUGAAGAACAGCAAGCCGUGCAAGCAACAAUAUUACCACCUAAUAUAUUUUGUUUACACCUUGAAAACAAUUAAUUCCAAUAACACCUUGCUUAUUAUAUAACAUUAUUAGUAAGAAGUGACUGAGAUUGACUAAUAUACUGAGACAAGUAACACCAAGAGAACAUGUAUCAUAGUACAGUAUAUGUAUCGUUAUACAGUACGUGCAUCAUUAUACAGUAUGACCGAAUGCCCAGAUUCGCGAGAUUGUGUUCCUAGACGUCCUGUAAAUAAUAUAAAAUUGUCUGCAUAAGUAUCUCAGUUUAAGGCUAAUUUUAUGUUUGCAAAACCACAUCUCUUAACAUAUUCUUUUAAUCUGCACAAUUCUGACAUUCAUAAGUAACAAGCUAUUAAGCACAUAUUAAGAUAAAUCAUCUGGUUGGUUUUCAUUUUAGGUGCUAUGCAUCAAAGUUUAAAAAUGCUUCAAUGAAAAAAACCUACAAAUAAUUGAUGCUAUUUGUAGGAGGUGCCUCGGUGAAUGUUAUAUACAGUCGGCUCUCUUGUUAAGCUCCUCUAUGUAGUGUGAUUUUUGGAAAUGCCACGAGAAAGGGGCAUUUAAAAUUUAAAUGCUAGUAAAAAUGCCGUCAUAGUACUUGCUAUUCAAUUUUACGUGCACUUUUUCAAUUAAUUUUGUGAGAAAUCACACUAUAUAGGUGAGCUACACGAGAACAUUGACCAUACUGCAAAUAAGCAAGUCCGCGAAUUUGGGAAUCAGGAAGUACUGGCAGCAUUACACAAGAAACCUUAUAUUCUCAAAACCCUUUACUGUUGUGUCUGUCUCACUGUGUUCUCGUUCUCUAAUGUGCAAAAUAAAUAAUUUGGAACAGCUUUCACAAA